UCUUUACACGUGGUCGCCCCGGGCAACCGCGUGCUUUGUUUAUGCCAACAUUGAAAAUCCAGCAUUUACUAGAAACGGCAGUGAAAAAAUUUAACUUCCUCGCACAAAAAUGGAAAAUCGCACCAAAUUGACCGUCAACGGCCAUUGCAAUGGAUUCCCACCACCACCGCCGCCGAAUCAGCCACUUCCCGCCGGUUCCGAUUCGAACUCGGCUCAACUGUUGGAACGACUGCUGAGCAAAUCCCAGCCGAAGGAAAACCGCUGGGAUCGCAUCAGGCGGAAGCACCUGAACAAUAUCACCGUCACGUCGAAGACGGUGAAGCGAUUCUUCAAUAUGGACUUUAUCGACGACAACCAGAUGCGGAUUCUGAACGGGGACGGUCACCAGCACCGAACGGUGCUCAAUCCGGUCCUGGUGAUGGAUAUCAGACACGAGAUGAUCAAACGGAAACCAAAAACGACACGCCACAAACCGCCGCCAGAUCCGGUUCGGGCAUACCAGCAGGAGAUUCUGGACAACCACAAACGAGCCAUCGAGUCGACUCUGUUCGAGAACGAGCUUAACAAGUUUCGCAAAGAAGUCUCCAAAAAUGGGGCCAAUGUGAAAAAAAAUCAUGUCAGCGAACAGAAGAAGAGCUUCCUGUUCAUCGAUCUGCCCAAGAUCGAUAACAGUUUUAUCUAUGAAAGUUUGGAAGAAUGUGAAAAGUUCACCAACGAUUUCUAUGAAAGUGCAAUACGCGGUACUGAUAGUUUUAUUGAGGAGCUACGUCAGGAGAAACUGAUGACGUUCAAAGAACCCGCUACGAUAGAGGAAAUCAGAGAGGAAACGGAUGCUUUGCAGAGGAAAUAUCUUGAACGAAGCAACGGAGACGAUGCAAACGAUGAAGAGCCAAAUGGAGACAGCGCAGCGGAGGAGGAAGAAGAAGAGAAUAAGAUUGUCCGCUUCGGAGAUACGCAAGUGUUUACAUAUCCAGCAGAAGAGUCGUCAUUUUCGCUGGACGGAUCAGACUAUGAUUUUGAUGAUAACGAAUUAUUCCUCGAGUCUCUUGAUUCGGAUUUGGAUGAGUUUGAUGACGCUGAAUUCUUGUCUACAGAGAGUGCUUCCGAGCAAACCCAAGAUGAACCGGUGCAGAAUACUUUCAACGCUGAUUCGAGCGAUGAUUGUUUUACUGUAACUAGAAUUGAAGACUCUGGUGGAUCGUCCAAAGACGAUAGUGUCGAUUUUGGCAAAGAAAAGCUCACUUAUAAUUAUGAUGAUCCCGAAGUCGUUGAAGAACCCAUCAUUCCACUGGAGGAAGGCGAUUUGAUAAUGGUGAAGCGCUGCGAAAUGGAAGAAAAAGACUACAGCAAGCUGCGAGUUACAAACUACCGUCCUGGAGAAACACUGUCAAAUGAUGAUAAAAUAGAGAUAUCUGAAGAAUCUCGGAAAGUUAUCAGUGCUGCAUUGAAGGAAGGAUUCAUGCAAAACUACGACCGGGCACUGCUCAAGCAAUAUUUCUUCAAGUGGCUGCAGUUCACUAUUCUAGAGAAAAUCUCUAAGGGAGCUGGAGUGACAUCAACUCGAGAGCAGAAACUGAAACGGAUCAACGACUUCAUUAACAACAUUCGAGCAAACAAGAAGAAAACGGCCAAACCGAACGCGACAGUAACACAAGUGACCACUGUCAAGAAAGACUACGAGCACCGUUUGAAGGUCCAACAGGACAUAAUCGAACUGCAGAAGCUCAAGCUGGAACGUCAAGAGCGUAUCAUUACUGAACUGAAGCUGUCCAAAUUCUCCGAAGCAGCCAAGAUAUCCAAGAUGGAAAUUCAGAGCGAGUUGCACAAAGCGAUGCGUACCGGCCACGUGCGUUUGCGCGCCAAAGCGAAGUGCAUCCAAAUCGUGGGCAACAUGAAGAACGACACAAGCGAAGAGGACGAAAUGCGAAAGUUGCAAGCACAAGGAUUGAUGAUACCGAAAUUUUUGGCGAAGAUGCAAGAGAGAGCAAUGGAACGUAGUCAGCGUCACAUGGAAGCGAAGGAGCGACGUAUGCGACUGGAAAAGGAACGGGAAGAGUCGAAAAUGGCAGCGGAAGAGGCGAAACGCCUGGAAGACGAGGAAGCACGAAAGCGACGUUAUCGAGAGAUGCGCGAGAAACGAAAGCUGGAGAAGCUGCAGAAGAUCAUUCGCGAACAGGAACGACAGGCAUGGAUUGCCAACAAUCAGAUAGCUAAGGAAUUCAGGCUGCUGAAACUGAAGCGAUUGGGAAUUUUGGCAUACAAGCUGUUGCUGGGCAUAAGAAAGGACAACGAGAGACGUGCAAUGGUCGCUCGGAAGCGGUUUUACAAGAAGAAAUACUUCCGCAGGUGGUGGAAUCUUACCAAUUCGGUGUGGGAGGGCAAAAAGCAGAUGGCCGACGAGUUGGCAAACCGAAAGUUGAUGAGGCAUGGAAUGAACGGCUGGAAAGAGUACUGUCAUGAGCAACGCAAGAAGAUGCAAGUGGCCAUGGAUUGGUGGGAGGUUCGCCAGACGGAGAAAGUCAUUUCCGUGUGGAUUGGACGUACCAAGCAGUCGUUACUGAUCCUACAGGGGAAGAUGUCCCACGCUGCCGCUCAUUAUGAAUGGCAACUCAAGUGGAAGGUAUUUGAGCGUUGGCAGCGACUGCACAUUAUUCUGAAAAUCGAGAAGGAAACGGAACAGCGGCGGCAGAGAUGGCGCAUGAAGAUCUGGGAACUGCUGCCAGAUUACAAACCAAUCGAGGAGGAAAUCUAAAAAAGUCUGCUUUAUCUUUUUACACAAUAGACCUUAGAAGCUUUCAGAUAUUUUGUAACUUUAAGAAAGCAUUUUUCUGAAUGGUUAGACUUACAGUUUUCUUUCGAAGUUAAACAUUUUCAAAUAUCAAUUAAUUGUAAAAGUCAUAGUCUGAAC